GGGGGAGGAUCAGAAACUCAGGAGCCGUUUAUCCUGAGAAGUAGCUUCCCAGCUAGUCCACACUUCGUCGGAAUAGGCUCUAUUACCAUGUCGAAUUAAAACCUGUUUGCGCAACCUUGGCACGCAGUGGCGCUGGGCUGGCCCUGCGCUCCCCAUCGCGUUCCCACUCCCACUCCUAUAGGUGUGUGCGUAACCGCCUCUCCUGAGGUCUGCUCCACCUUUCAGCGUUCGGCUUGGUGCCACCCUCUACCCCUGCGGGGGUGAAUGGUAGGGCCCACCACCCUCCUCACCCUCCCCUCAGCCGGUCGGAGCGGUACGCGGGCACCCCCCCCCCUCCCAUCCCGGUGCAGACGCGGAACUGGCCCCACGCCGGGGAGCGAGAGACACUCUGCUGCCGGGGGACAACCGGCCGGGCUUGGCCGGUCUCCCGAAGCUCAGGAGACUUGGAUUUUCAGAUAACAACAGGACUACUCCUGGGAACGCCGGCUCCUUGCUGGGUGCCCUGCAGCCUCUCUGAGAUGAACUGAUGCGUUGGAACCAUGGUGCAGAAGAAGAAGUUCUGUCCUCGGUUACUUGACUAUCUAGUGAUCGUAGGUGCCAGGCACCCGAGCAGCGAUAGCGUGGCCCAGACUCCCGAGCUGCUGCGGCGGUACCCGCUGGAGGACCACGCCGAGUUCCCCCUGCCCCCCGACGUCGUGUUCUUCUGCCAGCCAGAGGGCUGCCUGAGCGUGCGGCAGCGGCGCAUGAGCCUGCGGGACGACACCUCCUUUGUCUUCACCCUCACGGACAAGGACACAGGGGUCACGCGUUAUGGCAUCUGCGUUAACUUCUACCGCUCCUUCCAGAAGCGAAUGCCUAAGGAAAAAGGGGAGGCUGGGGCAGGGUCCCGUGGGAAGGAAGGACCCCGGGCCACCUCUGCCCUGGAAGAGGCGGGCACCGAGGGCUCAGAGAGCGGCUCGUCCCUGCAGCCUCCCAGCGCCGACUCCACCCCUGAUGUGAACCAGUCCCCUCGGGGAAAGCACCGGGCCAAGGCGGGGAGCCGUUCCCGCAACAGCACUCUGACGUCCCUCUGCGUGCUCAGCCACUACCCCUUCUUCUCCACCUUCCGGGAGUGUCUGUACACCCUCAAGCGCCUGGUGGACUGCUGCAGCGAGCGACUGCUGGGCAAGAAGCUGGGCAUCCCUCGAGGCAUCCAGAGGGACACCAUGUGGCGCAUCUUCACAGGGGCAUUGCUAGUGGAGGAGAAAUCCAGUGCCCUUCUGCACGACCUCCGAGAGAUCGAGGCCUGGAUCUAUCGAUUGCUGCGCUCCCCAGUACCCGUCUCAGGGCAGAAGCGAGUAGACAUUGAGGUCCUACCCCAGGAGCUCCAGCAAGCGCUGACCUUUGCGCUUCCAGACCCCUCUCGAUUCAGCCUGGUGGAUUUCCCACUGCACCUGCCCUUGGAACUCCUGGGCGUGGAUGCCUGCCUUCAGGUGCUCACCUGCAUCCUGUUAGAGCACAAGGUGGUGCUGCAGUCCCGAGACUACAAUGCCCUCUCCAUGUCCGUGAUGGCGUUUGUGGCCAUGAUCUACCCCCUGGAGUACAUGUUUCCUGUUAUCCCCCUGCUGCCCACCUGCAUGGCGUCGGCAGAGCAGCUGCUCUUGGCUCCAACCCCGUACAUCAUCGGGGUGCCCGCCAGCUUCUUCCUCUAUAAACUGGACUUCAAAAUGCCUGAUGACGUGUGGCUGGUGGAUCUGGACAGCAGCAGGGUGGUUGCCCCCACCAACGCAGAAGUGCUCCCUGUGCUGCCGGAACCAGAGUCCUUAGAGCUGAAGAAGCAUCUGAAGCAGUGUCUGAAGGCCCUCGCCAGCAUGAGUCUCAACACCCAGCCGAUCCUCAAUCUGGAAAAGUUCCACGAGGGCCAGGAGAUCCCCCUGCUCUUAGGAAGGCCCUCUGGUGACCUGCAGUCCACCCCCUCCACCGAGUUCAACCCGCUCAUCUACGGCAACGACGUGGAUUCCGUGGAUGUCGCAACCAGAGUGGCCAUGGUCCGUUUCUUCAACUCCCCCAACGUGCUGCAGGGCUUUCAGAUGCACACACGUACCCUGCGUCUCUUCCCUCGGCCUGUGGUGGCUUUCCAGGCGGGCUCCUUUCUAGCCUCGCGGCCCCGGCAGACUCCUUUCGCCGAGAAACUGGCCCGGACUCAGGCGGUGGAGUACUUUGGGGAAUGGAUCCUCAACCCCACCAACUAUGCCUUUCAGCGCAUUCACAACAACAUGUUUGAUCCGGCCCUGAUUGGUGACAAGCCAAAGUGGUAUGCUCAUCAGCUGCAGCCCAUCCACUAUCGCGUCUAUGAUAGCAACUCCCAGCUGGCCGAGGCGCUGAGCGUGCCGCCCGAGCGUGACUCUGACUCUGACCCUACCGACGACAGUGGCAGUGACAGCAUGGAUUACGAUGACUCCAGCUCCUCUUACUCCUCCCUCGGUGACUUUGUCAGUGAAAUGAUGAAAUGUGACAUCAACGGUGAUACUCCUAAUGUGGACCCUCUGACCCACGCGGCACUGGGGGACGCCAGUGAGGUGGAGAUUGAGGAGCUGCAGAGCCAGAAGGAAGCGGAGGAGCCCGGCCCCGACAGUGAGAACUCGCAGGACAACCCCCCACCGCGCUCUAGCUCCAGCACCACCGCCAGCAGCAGCCCCAGCACCGUCGUCCACGGAGCCAGCUCUGAGCCUGCUGACCCGACAGAGAUGGGUGACAAGGCGGCAGUAGGAGGCAUCCCCAAGCCCCCGCCCGCCGUGCCUCCCAGCGCUGGCAGACUGAACACGGACAGGCGUCAGGCGGAAACCGGAGAGGGGUCAGUGCGCCGGCGCGCCUAUGACAACCCGUACUUCGAGCCCCAGUAUGGCUUUCCCCCUGAGGAAGAGGAUGAUGACCAGGGGGAAAGUUACACUCCCCGAUUCAGCCAGCAUGGCGGUGGCAGUCGGGCUCAGAAGCUGCUGCGGCCCAACAGCCUGAAGCUGGCCAGCGACUCGGACGCAGAGUCAGACUCCCGAGCAAGCUCGCCCACCUCCACCAUCUCCAACAACAGCACCGAGGGCUUCGGGGGCAUCAUGUCUUUCGCCAGCAGCCUGUAUCGGAACCACAGUACCAGCUUCAGUCUUUCUAACCUCACGCUGCCCACCAAAGGUGCCCGGGAGAAGACCACGCCCUUCCCCAGCCUGAAAGUAUUUGGGCUAAAUACUCUAAUGGAGAUUGUUACUGAAGCCGGCCCCGGGAGUGGUGAAGGAAACAGGAGGGCCUUGGUGGACCAGAAGUCGUCUGUCAUUAGACACAGCCCCACAGUGAAGAGAGAACCUCCGUCACCCCAGGGUCGAUCCAGCAAUUCCAGUGAGAACCAGCAGUUCCUGAAGGAGGUGGUGCACAGCGUGCUGGACGGCCAGGGAGUGGGCUGGCUCAACAUGAAGAAGGUGCGGCGGCUGCUGGAGAGCGAGCAGCUGCGGGUCUUUGUCCUGAGCAAGCUGAACCGCGCGGUGCAGUCGGAGGACGACGCCCGGCAGGACAUCAUCCCGGACGUGGAGAUCAGUCGAAAGGUGUACAAGGGAAUGUUGGACCUGCUCAAGUGCACGGUGCUCAGCCUGGAGCAGUCGUACGCCCACGCAGGCCUGGGCGGCAUGGCCAGCAUCUUCGGGCUCCUGGAGAUCGCUCAGACCCACUACUACAGCAAAGAAGCAGACAAGCGGAAGAGGAGUCCAACAGAGAGUGUGACUACGCCAGUUGGCAAGGAUGCCGGCCUGGCCGGCCGGGGUGACCAGAAGGUGAUCCCCCAGCUGAGAGUCCCCCAGCUGGGGCCGCGGGCACCAGCGGCUGCGGGAAAGGGCCUGAAGGAGGUGGACACCAGAAGUUUAAAGGAAGAGAAUUUUGUGGCAUCUAUUGAAUUGUGGAACAAGCACCAGGAAAUGAAAAACCAAAAAGCUAUGGAAAAACAGAGGCCUGAAGCGAUCAGACCCGCCCUUGACCUUGGUGAGACAGAGGAGAAAAAGUCCCAGGUCAGCGCAGACAGUGGUGUGAGCCUGACGUCUGGUUCCCAGAGGGCCGACCCAGACCCGGUCAGCAGCGCAAGUCCGGCGGUCAUGGUCCGAAGCUCCAGUCAGGAUUCCGAAGUUAGCACCGUGGUGAGUAAUAGUUCCGGAGAGACCCUAGGAGCGGACAGCGACCUGAGCAGCAACGCCGGCGAUGGGCCGGGUGGCGAGGGGAGCGCCCACCUGAUGAGCUCUCGGGGCACUUUGUCCGACAGUGAAAUCGAGACCAACUCCGCCACCAGCGCCAUCUUUGGUAAAGCCCACAGCUUGAAGCCGAGCGUAAAGGAGAAGCUGGCGGGCAGCCCGGUGCGCAGUUCCGAAGACGUGAGCCAGCGUGUCUAUCUCUACGAGGGCCUCCUAGGAAGGGACAAAGGAUCGAUGUGGGACCAGUUAGAGGAUGCUGCUAUGGAGACCUUUUCUAUAAGCAAAGAGCGUUCUACUUUAUGGGACCAAAUGCAGUUCUGGGAAGACGCGUUCCUGGAUGCCGUGAUGUUGGAGAGAGAAGGGAUGGGUAUGGACCAGGGUCCCCAGGAAAUGAUAGACAGGUACCUGUCCCUGGGGGAGCAUGACCGGAAGCGCCUCGAGGAUGACGAAGACCGUUUGCUGGCCACGCUUUUGCACAACCUCAUCUCCUACAUGCUGCUGAUGAAGGUCAACAAGAACGACAUCCGGAAGAAGGUGCGGCGCCUCAUGGGCAAGUCCCACAUCGGGCUUGUGCACAGCCAGCAGAUCAACGAAGUGCUGGACCAGCUGGCAAACCUGAACGGCCGUGAUCUCUCCAUCCGGUCCAGUGGCAGCCGGCACAUGAAGAAGCAGACCUUUGUGGUGCAUGCGGGGACAGACACGAACGGAGACCUCUUUUUCAUGGAGGUGUGCGACGACUGCGUGGUGCUGCGCAGCCACAUCGGCACGGUGUACGAGCGCUGGUGGUACGAGAAGCUCAUCAACAUGACCUACUGCCCCAAGACCAAGGUGCUGUGCCUGUGGCGCAGGAACGGCUCCGAGACCCAGCUCAACAAGUUCUACACGAAGAAGUGCCGGGAGCUGUACUACUGUGUGAAGGACAGCAUGGAGCGCGCCGCCGCCCGGCAGCAAAGCAUCAAACCCGGGCCUGAACUAGGCGGCGAGUUCCCUGUGCAAGACAUGAAGACCGGCGAGGGCGGCUUGCUGCAGGUCACCCUAGAAGGGAUCAAUCUCAAGUUCAUGCACAGCCAGGAGCGGAAGGUUUUCAUAGAGCUGAAUCACAUUAAAAAGUGCAAUACAGUCCGAGGAGUCUUUGUCCUGGAGGAAUUUGUUCCUGAAAUUAAAGAAGUGGUGAGCCACAAGUACAAGACACCAAUGGCCCACGAGAUCUGCUACUCCGUGUUGUGUCUCUUCUCAUACGUGGCUGCCGUUCGUAGCAGUGAAGAAGAUCUCAGAACCCCUCCCCGGCCUGUCUCUAGCUGAUGGAGGGGGUCAAGGCUGCCCCGGCCCAGGGGACGCCCCUUGCCUCUUGCUGUUCCCAACUGCACGGUGCUGCCGGGACGAGAGGUGGAUGACGCGUGUUACGUUCUCUGCGAGCCCCUCUCCGCGGCUUAGCCGGUCCCCGGUUGGGUGUCUCCGUCGGCGUGUGAGUGUGUCCGUCACAGGCUGAGCGAGUCCCUUCCACCUGCGCCGCUUCGCUCCCGGAAGACCGGUCUACUGUUCCCUCAGGGCUCGAGAGAGAGUGUGUGUGGUGUGUGUGUGUGUGUGUGUGUGUGUGUGUGUGUGGUUGGGCCAGGGGCUUCUGAGAACUCUUGGAGGAUAGGCCCGUGAGAGCCCACUGCUCCGUGUCCUUGAGACACUUGUGUCGUGGUCCCUUGUCCUUGGCAGCCUGACCUCACGGCUGGGCGCCUGGAGCAGUCCCACUCUGGGGAGCAAGGGAAGCUUGAGGCCUGUCCCCCCCGACGAAGGCCCGGCAGGGAGAG